GAACGCACACACCAUGCAGCAUCUCCUGUGCCUGCUGGCCUUCUUCUUGGCGGCCCUCAUCCCGUCAGUAGCGGGAUUUUUGGUUGUGCCACGUUCCCCGCUGAACUCCUCUCGACAAAGCUGUAGGGCUGCAUUGCAAGCCCAGGAGGAGGAUGCAGCAGCAACAACGCCGCCUGGGUCGAGCGAUGAUGUCUGCCCCGGCUACCCCCGCUGCAGCGGCGAGUACCGAGACAGGGGUUGCGAUGGCACAGGAAGGAUUUCGGGGGGGGUCGGGGCGCUGGUUCCGUGGCUGCCCAUCAAGGCCUACCGCCCUUGCCCGUCUUUCACGGAGGCCAAGUACAAGUACACGCGCCAGGGGCAGAGCUUGAAUGAGGUUGUGUUUGCUCGCCGUCAGGGCACGAUGGAUGAUAUCACAAUGGACGACUCGUUCGGCGCGAUGAAGGAGGCCGACGACGGCAACAAGUAAACACAAUUUGUGGUUACUGUUCAGUAGCCAUGGGACGAAUAGAGAGAUAAACCAAGUCCUGUUUCACAUGCCGUGGAGGAAUAGAGCGCCUCACAAUAAGAGACCCUGAUUGGUCAUGGUCGUGGUUUUUUCUUUCGCAUGCGCCGCCAAUAGGGUCGAGAGCUAGUCUUGGUUGCCUUCCGUGUGUCUGAUGGCGUAGAUACCAUUUUCGCGGUGCCCUUUGCUGUACACUGGAUGCGUUACGUAGGUACGAGGCCUUGGGCGUGAGAGGCUUUAAUGCGCCUUGUCGGUGUUAUUCUUCUUCGAGCGGGCGAGCUGCGCUCACAUAAGGUGCUGUUUUCUACAACCAAGUUGUUGUCGGAUUUUUUACCCCUUCAGGUGCCGUGUUGUGAAGUGUUGAAUGCCACAACGAGUACGAUGCCGCACAUUAUGUCAAUCCAAAGAUUCCUGCGACCGGAACCAGGGCGAGCGGCGGCCGCACCAUGGUAUGCUUGGUGGUACGCACAAGCACAAUAGUAGUAUUCAGUGCUGCUCGGCGUUCUGUACUGUGACGGGGAAGGCGCAGAGUGCCCACGCGUUUGACCUAGAUAGUACGCCAAGGUGUUUUCAGGUGGCCUGGAAUUGUAUCGCAGGUAAUAUCAAGCGGGAUGGUUGCCGAGUAGGUUAUCUAGUAUUUUCAAAUUUCGAAGCAACGAACCCCCAGGGGAAGAGAGAGGUCUCGGGCAGCGCAAAACUUGCGGCUCGGAGAGUAGUAGGCGUGGCGGUACCAUGUUUCAAACGGGACCGCUACAACUAGCAAACGAGUACGCGCCUGCCCGGAAGAAUGCCGUGCAUGCACGACAAUAGACCACGCGUACUCUUUCUCAUACAAAACGGGAGAUCGUUGGCGACUUUUCAAUCUCUGACUUUUCUGUGGCACGCGAGCCUUACUCCCUAGCCACGGUAUUUUUUCCGGCUAUC